AGGUGGGGGUGAAGAAUGCUUGGUAUGUGCGGACGACAACAACAUGAAAGGCGACGAGUGUUCAGCCCCACUGAUUGUGCGCCUACAAAUCAAACCCAAAAGCGCUUUGUGUCCGAUUAUAAAUUGCGCCACAGACACCAGACGUCUCGACGUGCCUUUGUCACAAAAAACAAACCGCCAGUGCGAGUUUCUAUGAGGCGGCGACGCAGUUUAUUUGAUGUCAAACACCCUGCAGAGGCGGAGAUGGUUUGGUCUGUAGUAGGUGGGACUGCCGAGCGGUCUGCAGCAGGACGUCGUAGAUCAAUGAACCGGAGCGGAGGGAUGAUCUUUGCAAACACAGGCAACCCGCUGAAGACAGCCAAUCGCAAGCAGUCCUACCCCAUGACUCCGUCCAGUCCCAGCAGCAGCAGCAACAGCAGCAGCACAGGCCUGGAGCAGCUCAGCAAAACUAACCUGUACAUCCGUGGGCUGCCUCCUGCUACUACAGACCUGGACCUGGUCAAACUCUGUCAUCAGUAUGGCAAGAUUCAGUCAGCAAAGGCAAUCCUGGACAAGACAACCAACAAAUGUAAAGGUUAUGGCUUUGUGGACUUUGACAGCCCUGGGGCUGCUUUAAAGGCAGUACAUGCUCUGAAAACCAGCGGCAUACAGGCCCAGAUGGCCAAGCAACAGGAGCAAGACCCCACAAAUCUGUACAUUUCCAACUUGCCUCUCUCUGUGGAUGAGAAAGAGCUGGAGAACAUGCUGCAGCCCUUUGGCCAGGUCGUCUCCACACGGAUCCUCCGAGACUACAGUGGCAACAGCCGAGGCGUGGGCUUCGCCAGGAUGGACACGACAGAGCAGUGUAACGCCGUCAUCUCCCACUUCAAUGGGAAGUUUAUCAAGAUAGCUUCUGGAGCUCUGGCUCCCUCUCAGCCACUCCUGUGUAAGUUUGCAGACAGUCAAAGGAAGAAACAUGCUCAUAGCGGAUUUAUUCCCAAUGGACAGACAGGGGAUCUCAGACUAGGUGCAAUGACUCUUACCUAUGACCCCUCUUCAGCAGCUAUACAGAAUGGGUACUAUCCUUCCCCUUAUCCAGUGACCAAUAGGAUAAUGACUGUGCAGCCUGCAAUGUCUCCCUACAUGUCUCCAGUCUCUGCUUACCAGGUACAGAGUCAUUCCUGGGUGGCACAUCAGCCAUAUAUCAUGCAACACCCGGCUGCAGUGAUGUCUCCCUCUGUGGAUCCCUCCAUGUCACUGCACCCCUCAGCCAUGAUUACUCAGCAGAUGGGUCAGCUGUCCCUGGGAAACACUGGAGCGUAUAUUUCAGCCAACCCUGGUGUCCAAGGAGCUUACAUGCCUCAAUAUCCUACCCUGCAGGCAGCACCUGAAAACGGCACGCCGCAGCAAGUGGAUUCUUCCAACAACUCGUCUCCUUACAGUCAGCUCAGCAAGUAAUCACAGGCCAGAUUACCGCUCUGUGAGCCAGAGGGCAGGUGGGAGGUUGCUGAUGACAUCACAGUGGUAACAGUCACCGCCUUCUCUGAUUGGACCAGAAACAUGAACUUUUUUGCACAGCCCUAACGUUAAUGGUGGAAAAUGAGGACAGUGUAAAUGGACUCAAGCAGUUGGCUAAUCACAGAAAAAAAAAAA